GUUGCUCAAGGAGACUCCAGGAUUUGGGGUCUGCCUCGUCACUGUCACCAAGAGGCUUUUUUUCCUGACUUGCCAGAGCUCCCCGUCAGUCCUCGCAGAGCCUCUGGAAGCACAGGGAAGGCAGCUGUGGGAUCCUGGCUGAACAGAGUCCAGCACCUGCUUUCUGCUCCUGCUCCUGCACCAUGAAAGUCCUGCUUUGUGACCUGCUGCUGCUCAGCCUCUUCUCCAGUGUGUUCAGCAGUUGUCAGAGGAACUGUCUCACAUGCCAGGAGAAGCUCCGCCCAGCCCUGGAUGGCUUCGACCUGGAGCUGUGCAUCCUCGAGUGUGAAGAGAAGGUCUUCCCCAGUCCCCUCUGGACUCCAUGCACCAAGGUCAUGGCCAGGAGCUCCUGGCAGCUCAGCCCAGCUGCCCCAGAGCACGUGGCGGCCGCUCUCUACCAGCCCAGAGCCUCAGAGAUGCAGCAUCUGCGGCGAAUGCCCCGUGUCCAGAGCCUUUUCCAGGAGCCUGAAGAGCCCGAGCCUGGCAUGGAGGAGGCUGCUGAGAUGCAGCAGAAGCAGCUGCAGAAGAGAUUUGGGGGCUUCACUGGGGCCCGGAAGUCAGCCCGGAAGUUGGCCAACCAGAAGCGGUUCAGUGAGUUUAUGAGGCAGUACUUGGUCCUGAGCAUGCAGUCCAGCCAGCGCCGGCGCACCCUGCACCAGAAUGGCGUCCAGGUGAUCCCCCAAACAGCAUGUGUCCAGCCCCAGACCUGCCGCCUGGGAACCAGGAUUCCUUCUUCCCCAAGGCACUGAGGACCUGCAGACCCAGCAGGCUUCAUUUGCCUCCAGAACCUCCCCGUCUGGUUGUUCCUCCCCAGCCCCUGGCAUGUUUCACCACAGCCCUGUUGCUACAUCAGAGUGUAUUUUUGUAAUUCCUCCAGCUACCAUUGCAAUGGCCCCGUCUCUCCUGCUCACCCGCCUCGUCCCCCUUCUAGGGGCAGGUGAAAGGAAUAGGAAAUCGAGCCUGGGGCUUUGACUCACCACUGCCAUAACUUGUUUGUAAAGGAGCUGUUCUUUUUGACUGAUUGUUUCAAACAAUGAUUUCUCCAUUAAACUUCUACUGAGCAAAUGGUUAA